AUGUUCAGCUCAUUGACCGCACGCUCUAAUUUGAACAACUCCGGCGUCAAGUUAGCUCGCAGUUUCAAGUCUUUUGCUCCCGUUCUUUUCAACGCAGGUGAGUCAAUUCCCAAAGGCCUUCCAGGAUUGCAAGAAAACUCUCCCGGUAAUCAGGUAGAUAUUGGUAAAGAGGUAUCCAAAGGCAAGUACAUUAUUGUCGGAUUACCUGCCGCGUUCUCUCCUGCAUGUUCAGCUUCUCACGUACCGGGUUACAUAAAGUACUUGUCGGAGUUGAAAUCAAAGGGAAUCAAGCAAGUUUUUGUUACCACUGUGAACGACUCCUUCGUGACCGCAGCUUGGGCUAAGAAUUUGAACACUCCUGACGAUAUAAGAAUUAUUGCAGAUACUCAAGGGGCCUUCGCUAAAGCCGGUGGGCACCUAUUUGACUCUUCAAAGAUCUUUGGCAAUGAACGCUCCGUCAGAUUUGCUGCCAUUGUUAACGACGGUAAGGUCGUUGAAGAGUUCGAGGAGCCUGACAAGACCGGUGUUGACGUGUCUUCUGCUGAAAACGUAUUGAAACAUUUAUAG